ACAGAAGAAUCAUUCGGUCGAUUAUAAGAUAAUGCUGGUUCAGCGGAUGGAAAAAAAAAGAGUGAUCGAGCAAGCGAGGAAGCGAGAAAGAAAGAGAGAGAGGGAGAGAGAGACAGAGAGACAGACAGAGAGAGGAUAGAGGGCGGGGAAAAGAAGAGACGGGGAGAGAAAGCUCCACCUUUAGAAACGAUCGUUAGAUGUUCCGAGGAAGCCGCAACGCUGGUGAAAGAGAAAAUAGGCGAUGCAAGGAGAAGAUCCAGGGGAAUAACAGAGAGAAACCGAGAGAAAAAUAGAAAGGAUCCGUGGGGAUCGGCUUCAUUCAUGAAAUCCUUUAUCUCGCUGGAUUUCGACGAAAAUUGGUUCCCACAGGACGGGAGACAAUGAGAAACAUCUUUUACGACUGCAUACCCGUAGGUGGCCAACUCAUUGUGAGCUUUAAGGUUGCAUUACACGCAGCGUUCGAGCGAUCUCGCGCGAGAACAGCUUCGUCAUAGGUGCUUGCUUUCGUCUCUUUGUUUUUUCUCUUCGAAUCUAUGAUUCGGCUGUUUUGCGACCUCUAGCCGAGAGAAGAUUGAGUUAUCGAAUUCCUCCGUAAUCUUUCAGGGAAGAACGUUCCCCCUGAAGGGACGCCCAUUCUGCACCUAUUAGCCAGCUUUCCGCAGUCACGACGUCAUUACCCGCGAUAAGUAGAAACUUGGAAACGUACUUUCUUGCUCAUCUAGAAGGUGGUAGCGUGGGAAAGGGUCAAACGUCGUGGCCGCGACGAAUCGCAAAUUGGUCCGAUUCGCGGGCAAUCGAUUUGCCGCAACAUACCCGAUGCAUGGCGAAAUAGAAAAUCUGCACAGCACCGCUCGAUUAUCGCGACAUCGUGGCUUGCGCCGUACGCGUCGGAACAGACGAACGAAACUCGCUUUGAUUUAAGUACUCGGCAACGCUUAACGCGCGCCGUCUCCGUUCCUUCUUUUCCUUUCUCCGUCUCGGGCACCGACAAACGCUAUGCCAGUUUGUAAAACUAAUCCGUACGUUCGAUAUCGUCCCGUGUAACAGGUAUCGUUCGUCAUUCGUCGACUUAGGUACGAGAUAUCGCGCAUUAAAUCCUCCUGUCCCGGCAGCUGCUGCGAGAGCCAGCGAUAAAUAUAGUUACGAGCUAAAAUCGCUCAUUAAUUAUGUACACAAAUUCAUAUAUCCGAAUCUGCCACCCGUAUAAGCGUAACGAAGUCGACUUGGGCGGUGGUGAAAACGUCGCUGGACAGCGAACGCCAAAGCAAAGUAGAAGAACAAGAGGAAGAGAGACGGAGCAACGACUACCCGCACAAAUGAGUAUUUAUGAGCCCGCCACGGCUCUAUAUUAUGCCUCAUUUUGCCGGAGGAUCGAUUAGCUCUAAUCGAGAUGUACAAACAAAACGUUAAUAAACGUUGCUCGUUUCUCGUCCCUCUUGACUUCUUUCGCGAAAGCCUGUACCAGGCAACAGACGGCGAAAAGAGAGAGAAGGGGAGCUAGAAAGAAAUUAACCGGCUCUCGGAUCGAGCGUGUGCUCGCGCGUACGUAUAGGUAUUCCCCGUGUGUGCUCACUGGCCGUCGCAAGCACGUGACACGUGUUUCUCGCACGUGCUGCACGCACGUGUACGUGUACGUGAGUUCGAGAGCGCCUCACGAUUAAGUAUCGAUUAGUCUGCGCGCGAACGUUCGAACGACGCGACUUCCGACCAACCCUUUCAUCUCGAAUAAACCGCCGCGUGACGAGAAAGCAACAACGUUUUGCAGAGGCGCGAACGAAUCCGCGUCUAAAUUUUCGAUAGCUAAUGCGCGUAACUGUGACGCGAGAUUCGAUAAUGGACGAUGAAAAAGUACGAAGGAAUACGUUUAACGAGACGCGACAAAAAGGAAAAGAAAAGGAACGACAAGGUUCGCGAAGAAAUCGCGCACGCAGACCGAUUCGCGCAAAACCUGCGUUAUAUCGUUGUAAUCGAUGCAAGUGCAACGAAUGGAUCGCGAUAAAUCCUGGGACGAGUCCCCUGGGACUCAACGGGUGGUUGGAACGUCGAUCGAGAAAUCGUGAAUCUCGAUCGACAGCGAGCGGCCUGCGAAGAAACGCGUAAGUCUGGUUGUCCACGUAGAUCGGCGGGUGGUCUCGCGUCCGAUUCGCUGAAAUCGCGAAAGAGGAACAACGACUCGUGCGGUUUACGACUCGCGGAGAUGAACACGCGUCUCGCGAUAAGCAGCCAGCGAUCGGCUGUUACAACGUUACGCGUCACUCGGCGAACCGCCGUGGCGUUUCAACGUUGAUACUUUGAAUAACGGAUUAACCGGCAACAGAAAUCUGUCCGCGAUGAAAUCACGGUAGGGCGAGACGACGGACCUACCGCGCGCCACUUUGAUACUCCUCUCGAUCUUUCGUGGCACUGGCUACGAUCCGAUCGACUCUCACCGAUCGCAUCGAACGGCCCUCGGAUAAUAGAGCCGCAUCAUCGUAUUUAAUAAUCGUACAAUGGUCGACGCGAACCGAUAAGAUCGCGAUCGUUUCGGUAGACGGGUGAAGGCUCGAUAAGCCGUUCGGCCCGUAAUAACGCAAUUAACACUUCUUUGUUCGAUCAAUUUUCAUCAGCUUGUCUUCGCGGCUGGUCGCGAAUCGAAAAAGGUUCACGCAGAGAAAGGGAUACCCCCGUCUUCCGACGCGAGUCCCGCGCACCGUGUUCGCGUUCGCGUUCACCUUCCCUUACCCAAUCGCUGACGUUCGCCUUUCCCGAUCUUCCACGAUAGCGGCAUAAAAACGCGCAUCGCUGGGAUCUCCGGCCAAACGCUGCAUCGUCGCGUUGUCCAGCCAAAUAUAAAGUAUCUAUAUUAUAUUAACUAAUAUAUAUUUCUCUUUGUAAUUCUCGGACACCACGAAGUGGUCGAUAGACCGGCUCGAAGCCGGGGCUCGGGUUGAUUACGAUCGUUUACGACCGGUAAAUCAUUCGCCGACUCUCUUUACUUUUUUCUCUUUAUUCGCGAAACGUCACGAUAGCCCUAAUCGUUGAAACCGGUAGUAAAACGAUCGUUACUAGUCGCGACAAAGAAACCGCCACCUUCCAGAACAAACGAGCCAAUAAACUCGUUUUAUCGGUCCCCCUUCCUUCCGUUUUACUCGACGUUCCUUUGAAACCUCUUGCGUACCCCUUCGUUGCGUAUUUAACAUACCAACUAAAUGCAGACAACGCUACAGAUACUAAGAGAAACAACGGGAUUCAAAGGGUACAAGUGGGGCGGAGGGAGAGUAGGGUUAAAGGAAAGGAACGCGUUUCUUCGACGAUCUCGGCGUGGGUGUCGAGAUCCUAAUCGGAUCUGGCUGCGAGUAGAACAUCGACGAUUAGGCUUCCUCCUGCUCGAUCUUGGGACACGCUUGUAUCACCGAUUCUCAUCGUUCUAAUUCAAAUUAUACACGUAUCCCUUUGGCCGUCGCCCUCCUAAUUGAAACUUCGAUAAAACGACCAGGAAAUAAUAUGAUAUAAUCGACGAAAGAGUAAUCUGUAGUCACGAAGCGGUAAUCGAAAGACACAAGAAUCGCCGACUGACUGAAUAGGUAGAGAAGGAAGGAAACUGUCCGAUCUAUAGGAUCGAGCCGGAGCUAUAUACAUGUAUACAUACAUACAUACGUAGAUAUAUAUGCAUGGCAAGAUAGCUUCGCAUCUAAAGGGAGUGUGAGAUCCGACAGCUUCGGAGGUGGCAAUGAGCCUGGGUCCCGCCUGCCGCCACACCCACGCGCAUAUAUCUUAUUUUCCCUCUUUAUUUAUUCGAAUUGCCGUUGGUCGAGGGCCACUCUUCGAAUCCCCAUGGCUCCUUUGCCAUAAUAGGCGAGCAUGGUGGCCCAUCGCCUCUCUGGCCUUCCCUCGAUCACUCUGGCUACCAUUCCUCAUCCGUGGAUGCUCCUUAUUUUCAGCUACGCCAUUUCCUAUCCCUCCGACUACCUCCGCUGAAAUGCUCGAACCUCGUGCGAGCCACCGCCUUUCUUCGCAUACACUGUCGUUCAAAAUUCCUUCGCGUUCGUCGAUAAUCAAAGAUCGCUUUGUGCGAAAAACAUCCGUCCAGUGGAACGUAGCUCGUUACGCGCGUCCAGGCCGAGGUACAAACGACGAGAACAAUGGGAAACUCGGAAGCGAUCUCUUCUCAUCGAGAUCCUCUUAUCCUCUUAAGUCAUUACGCUGAAUCGACGUGUAUCGGCCUCUGGACGUACCCGGCCACAACGAAGUACUCUGUUCCGUAUCGAAAGCGGCAUUGUCCGCGAGACGAGCCGGUGCAAAAGAAGCAACACCGGGCAACGUUUUGCGAAAGGUUGGAAAACCGAAGCCGAUAGUUGCCGUAUUUUCUAGUUGCUGCUUGGGUAAAACUUCUUUGAAGUGUCGGGACAUUUUACAGAUGCGUGCAUCUGGAUACGCACGAGAGCACAGGGAACAAACGAGUUCUUUUCGAGUUUUUCAGCGAGAUGCGAGCAAGCACAGGCUCGUACUGGCGAAUAAUAAACAGUUGGAACGCCUAUGAUCCUCGAAAGCAGAUUAUCCGGGAGCUACUUUUAGCCGGCAAAUCGAUCAUGCCCGAACGCACUUCAACAAGUGGCUUUUAACAGAAACGAUAGCCGAUCAUCCGCGUUCGGUAUCUCUUGGUUGAUCGUGCGAUCGAGCGUUACCAUUUUGAAACGGAUAUCUUUUUGGCCGGCGCUGCUGCUCAUCCUGCAAUAGCUUCGAAAUCGCGCCAGCGAAAAAUACCGAGAAGAUCCUUUCUUCGGGGGCUGGACGAUCCUCCCGUCCCUGUUCGGCACGCAUCGUUUCCGAAGAAAGAAGAACGUCUCUCGAUCGACAGCCGUUCAACGACGCGUUUCGUACUCGAAUGAAUGGGCUGCCCUUUCACGUCGGCCGUUUUACGCGCCUUCGUCCGAGAUCGUGAUCGCGAAACCCAUUCCUACCGGUUCUCCAGUCCACGAUCCACUCCGGCGAAUGGAGUAGCGCGGGAAUCUGGGUCAAACGAGGAGUCGCGAUCGAACGAAAUCGUUCGUUCCCGGGACGGUGGACGCGCCGCGCCGCGCCGCUUCGCUCUCCCCGGGAACACCUCUUCGAUUCUUUUCCGGUCGGUUCCCCGCAUCACUGCGGACGUACCUUUUCAUCGUACGCGUUCCUCCACGGUACGCUCCGUACCGAAAUAAUCGCAAAGAACAAGGCAACGAGCUCGUUAAAAGGAUGGGGGCGUGACGACGACGUGCACGCACCUUUCUCUCUUCUUUCUUCUAUGGAACGUGGGUGUUGCGCUCACUUGACGCACCGUUCUACGACAUAAUACUUAAUGACGGGGCCGGUCGAGCAUCCAGUAAAUUCGUCCUCGGAUGCGUUCGUCAAAGCGCACAAUGUUCGUCCUUAAACGCAAUAGGAAGUAGGGCGUUCAGACGAGUUCGACUUUCCUUCCUUCUACCGUGUUCCUUUUCGACCUGCCUUCUCUCUCUCUCUUUUUUCCUCUCUCUCUCUCUCUCUGUCUCUCCCUCUUCUUAUUCUUCUUCCCUUUUUAAUAUCGCUUCCAUAAAUGUAUCGCGUUACCUUUACAAACCUACGCUCGAAUCAUUGUCGUGGUUGUUCGACAAACACGCAUUCUUUCGGCCGAGAAAAAUAGCUGGUUAAUUAUAUCAUAGUUAUUGUAAAGCAGGCUGCGAAGGGUACAAUGCAACCCCCGAGAAGCUUUCGGCGUUCACCCGGCAGGAAUGCAUAUUAUUAAAACAUUCCGGACAGUUCUCUGUCUCGGCUCCCACAGCUUCCACCGUUUCCAUGGUGAGCGGAUCGCUGGAAUUGCUAGGCUUCUCUCGCGCCGACACGGCGUAUCUUUUAAUCGGGUCCGGCUACGCUCUCGUUUCGAACCGAUCCAUAGCGAACAAUGAACGCGCCGUUUAUAGUUGGCGCGAUCGUCGGCUCGUGAUGGCAAAACGAUAAGUCGCGCGGCUUUCUCCGCGCUUCUCGUUAGGGAUUUCUCGCUCGGUUAACCGAUCGACGUCUCAAUCAAUCGAGAAUCGAAAAAGACCUGGGCCUCGCCUCGUCUCGUCUCGUCUCGUCUCGUCUCGUCUCGUCUCGUCCCGUCUCGUCUCGUCUCGUGGAAACGAGUCGUGACACGCCGUACGGGAAUCGAUCGAUUAUCACGCUCGAAACGUGAUCGUUUUUCUGGCACGAAAAGCGAAGCGAAACGCGUCUCUGACGAGUCAGCCGGACCGCGUUUGUAAAAUCGGUCGAAAGGGGGGAAACUAAUUACAACAGAGAGGAGGUCGACCAGUCGAACUAGACGCGCGAGACUGUUGAGAAAGAAAACGGGAUAAGUGCGUGAUACCCUUUGCGGUGACAGAUAAUUCGUUUAUCGGGAUUUUCAUACCUCCAAGGGGCUGACACGAGCGAGAGCGUGACACGCGAACGACGCUCGACCAGACGGUAGUUCUCUUUCCGCCAACGUUACGCUCGAAUCGCAGUACCCAACGUACGUGAAAUCAAAUACGACGAAACUCAUAAAUAGACGCGUUCUUGCGCAAAGCGGAGCAACGAGAGAGCCGAGUUAAAUAGGGGGGAAAAAACAGAAGAAAAAGAAAGAGGAAGAAAGAACGCGGAGCAGAGAGAGAAAGUGAGAGAGGGUUUGUACCCCUUUUUGAACGCCGGCCAAUUAGGCUUCCGAGCAGCAGUGCACCAGGGCGCAUUGCACGGCGAUAGGAUGAUCGAGUGGUUCGAUGGUAUCGCCGCUCGCGUGCCAAGAUCAUGGUCAGGACACUCGAUAGUCCGAUAAGUAAUGCACCCAGAUAGGAUGACAGAGGGUACACGUUGAAAAGGAGAGGGAGAACGAUUCAAGAAGAGAGAGAGAAGUCGGCGAAAGCGGAGGAACGGAGAAGGAGGAGAAACUCCUCUGGAAGCACGAACGAUCUUAUCGCAGUGAGGUACCUGGCUCGGCAAUGAGCGUCCACUACCAAACGAAUGGAACGUGGUCGUUGGCUCUUGCGUGCAAGAACAAAAAGAAUCGGAUCGCUCAUCGGCCCGCGUGCCCCGACAAACACUUUUCAACGAUAUCGCUCGCCGAGAAGUGCGCGACUGCCUCGACUACGAAAUUCAUUUACUUGGAGAACGUCGAGUUGCCUUUGAGCGAACGAGGCAUUCGAGACGGACUUUCCUUUUCCCUCAACUACGAUUCCGAUUCCCCCAAGAUCGAACGAGACGUCCGAUCUUCGCCGUGGUUUCUAACUCGCUACGGCUAAAGACUAUCGUGGCGCGCGAAAUCGCGCGAGUUUCGUUGAAUCACCGUUAUCUUCUUAGGCGGACGAAUGACGAGCGAACAAACGGCAGAGUACCGUACGAGAUAAAACAGGAAAACCGAUACGAUAGUUAGAGAGGUUCACGCUCGCCGACGUUUCUCGUUUCUCGUUCGAUCGCGAAGCGGCGCGUUCCCGUUUAUCGCGGACGAACAUGAAUUCUAAUUAGACAGAGGUAAAUCGCGGCACGAGCAUCGUCAAACGAGUUCCAUGCGUUUCGAUCCGCGUUUCUGGCGAUCCUCUGGAGACCCCGACCGAGUACGCUUUGAUUCAGGAUGUCGUUUGAUCUUCGACCACGUGGCACGUUGGGGUAACUAUGCCGGAGCAACGUGAACGGGGUCGUUGCGACUAAUUGCCAGCUCAGCGACCACGUCCGUGAAAUCUGCUCUUCGACUGACACGAUCGAACCGAAGGAACGAUAGAGGAAAAAGGACAAAGGGCUGGUCAAAGGUGGAACGGAGGGGAAGGGAAACGUGGAUCCAAGGGGGAGUCGAGAGUUUGCCUCACUUCGUCCCUUGUAAUCGCGAAACCGAGACGAAUGUUCGUUCGUCGACCGUUCUAUCGAAAGCCUGGCUAAUUGGCUGCGAACGAAGAAUUGGCCGCGAUGGCCAGCCGAGCCGGUAAAAGUAGGUGAAACGUAGGAGUCCGCGCGUCGCUAAUUUCCUUUCAUUUGGAUACGGGGUGCACGGACGAUGCACGAGUGGAUUUCGCUUCCGUCGAGGAAGUAACUAGAAGUAUUUUAGCGACGAAGGAACGGCGCAACCCCUGCGCGCGAUUCAGCGGAAUGUGCGCGCGCGUAACAGAAUUGCACGGAAACGAGCGAAGAACGGGAGGGAAACAAACGACAGGGUUGAGUAGGCGGAAAGCGGAGUCGGGGAACGAGAUAAACCUCAAUUAUGCCGAUUGAGCAUCCUCCAAGGGAUGCCAGGUAGGGGAAGUUCGCUCCUCCUACUUUUCCUGCCACGUGAUCAAGGGCAACCUCCCUUUCUUCUUUCCUUCCUUCCUUCCUUCCUUCCUUCCGUCCUGUCUUCCGCUCUUUCUCCUUCUUCUUCCUUCAUCUUGGCAAAGGAGGAACAGAAGUGUGGCGUUCGGUCGUUGGAGCGCGCGUAAUUCCCAACGAACGUUCGCAGAUGAAUCGUCGCAGCGGACACGGUUGUGAAUCAUCAUCGCGAAGGAACGACUUUAACGAUCGAUUUCGCGAACCAACGGAUGUGGCGGCGGUGUGAGAAAGAGAGGAAGUGGCAAGGUGUAAAACAAUCGGAUCGUCGACGCGAAAUACCUGUUGGUCCGCGAAGAGGCGUUUUCAGGCAAUCGUUCGAGAAAGAGGGAAAGAGGGCAAGAGAGAGGGCAGUGGGAGGAAGAGGAACGAAGAGAGAAAAGAGACGUAAAGAGAAUCGGAGGGAAAAAGAUGGUCGAAAGUGGGAGGAAAGAGAGGGAGAUGCAGAAGCAGCCUACGGGCUCUCCUCCGUUUGACCAUCUCAUUCUAUUUCUUUCUCAGGUUCUCCGUCCAUCUCUGGUUCGUUCUGCGCUCCGUCUCGGUUCGUCUCUGUCGAUGUCGGUCCCUCGGUCUCGCGCGUCUUUCCAUCUCCGUUGGUAGUUUCACUUGCGAUCGUGCGUCCUCGUCUCUCGGUUUGAAUCUCAGGGUGGUGGCCGACGGUAGUGGUGGUCGUGUCUAGAUGGUGGUGGUUAUGGUGGGGGGGUAGUUGGUUUCUUCGUGCCUACCGCUCCCUAUCUCUCCUUUCUCUCCCUAUGGGAGGGCGAGGAGGGCCCCCGUAGCCGCGCACUGCGCACCGAGUUCAUCAUAGACAGACCGAUCUCCCUGACAGCUCCUCGUCGGGCUUGAACGGAGGUGGAAUCAUCAGAUUCUGUCCAUCUCUUCUUUGGCUCGCAGUAGCGUGUCGGGAUAACGAACGCAGGAACACAGGGACAACGAAAGUGCGUGGUCCUGCGUGGUCUCUUUCUCGCGAAUCUUCGGCCAUCGCGCUCGCUAUCGCGGUCCGGUCUCGGUUUAUCGAGCAGCCCUUCUCCCUCUCUUCGAUCUCCAAGGUUUCACCCUUCGUUACUCCUUUCCAUCGACGCUCUUCUUCCCUUCCUCUCCUUCUUCGCCGCGUUCGCGCGGACCCCGCGUCUCUUUUUUUCCAUUUCCUUUUUAUCGCAUACCACGUCCUUCCGCUCUUUCCACCCCUUCUCGUUUCUCUUUUUCUCGGCUCCUCUCGACCUCGCCACUCUUUUUCGCGUUAAUCCGCGCGCCGGUGACCGUUUCUCCGAUUCCAAGCGACACCGUCGUCGAAGCAACGUUCCUUCGCCUCGGAACAUAUCAACGCGACGGCCGAUCGUUGGACGACACGCGCGCGCUCGGUAUCCUGCCCGGUAUCGUGCUCGGUGCCGUCGUCGUCGUCGUCGUCGUCGUCGUCGUCGUCGUCGUCGUUGUCAUCGUUGUCAUCGUCGUUGUCGUCGCCGUCGUCAUCGCUGCCGCAUAAAGCGACCACGGGAAGUUUGCUAUUCGACUGUUUACACGGACGAAACGAUAGCCACGGUGGUACGCGCGCGAGUAAGAGAAAGAGAGAACGAACCAGACCAACGGUGGAAGAGGAAAGCAAGCCGAAGGAGGGGGAUGUGUGCGUGGGAGGAGAAAGAGAUCCCGGAGGGCGACUUUUCUUUUAUUUGAGCUUGACACUUCGCCGUGAACGCGCGCACACACCGGAAGUACCGAACCGCCGUCGGUCUUCUUCUUUUUCUUCGGCACGUUCGCGCGUCCGGUCCACGCCUCGACAACACCGAGCCCGAAUCGAGAGAUCGGACACAACAUCUCGAAGAAACGCGGAUCCGCAUAACAGAACUAGUACUCGACAUUGUGGAGGGUGCGAGCAUCACUGACAGGAUGCCACGAUACGUGAGAGCGAGCGCGGCGAACAAGGGUGUCGCGACGGGCGUUUUCGUCGUCGGCCGAGGAUAAACGGUUCUUCGUCGUUCUUCCUUCGGAUCCGGAAGUGUCCUCUCGUUUCGUGGGAUGUGAAAUAUCCACGGGGCCAGAUCGAUCGCGGAAAAGGGAGUUACGCUAACAUGUUUAAUCUCGACGACGUAUCGGUGGUACGUUCGCGACGAUCGCAACAGCAGUGUCAGUGAAGUACGCGAACGAGAACUCGCCGAAGCAACUCGGAAGACGAAACAGACAAGGUAUUUUCGUGUUUCGAUCGAUACCAACAGUAUUUUUUCUCCAAAGACAAGAAAGAAGAAGCAACGACGUUCGUAGACCAAAGGUGAUCGACUAUCGUACCUCGAGAAUCAGAGCGAAAACUACUUCCGGUAGCGGAGAAACCAAGGAACGGAAAAGAGAGGAGAAGGAAAAGAAAGGACGAAGAGAACGGGGUGAAAAUCUACGGUGGUCGGUCGACGAACCGUUCGAUCGUCAUCGAGGAUAUUGUCCCGGGGUAGUUUUCGGAGCGACCCCUCGAAGCGGCGAAGCUGGAAGCUCUCGAAUCGUACGGAACGUCAAAGCAGAAGCGCCGGUGCCCGGGGCGAGGAGGAGUCCUCGACGCGUGCCAGGCUGCUGAUCACAGGCACCGCGCCAGAGACGGGAGACGAAGAGUAGGAGAGGGAUUCGAAAAAAAACCGUACAGAAACAGAGGAAAAGAAAGAAAGAGAGACGGCAUAGUCGUCUCUCGAGCGAGGGGUUCUUCCGUUCGGGUGCUAGGGGUGUGCAGCCUUGGACGAGGGGUCGCACUCGACUCUUUUAAAGUGGGCAAACCGCGCAAAGAAUAAGAGACGUCCUCGGGGCGAUGACAGGAUGCCUCCUUCUCGAUCAGGACGCGUCUACGAAGGACCACCGUCUAGGAUCGCCAUUAGAAUCGGACCCACCAUUGCCCUGUUGCUGAUUCUCUUCGAGAAUCGUCGCGCAACCUGCUUAAUGAGCAACUCCGUAGACGAUUGGGUGAGCGGCGAUGCCGUCGUCUGCAACGGUAUUCCAGGAGUGACGAAGGAGCAACGCGAGCUAUGCAACAGAAAUCCGGACGUGACGGUGGCUGCGAUCAAAGGUCUGCAAAUGGCGAUAGACGAGUGUCAGCAUCAGUUCAUGUGGCACAGGUGGAACUGUUCGACCCUGACGCCUAGAAUCCGAACACAGCAGAGCAGCGUACUCUUUCAGAGAGGUUACAGGGAAACCGCGUUCGCGUUCGCAAUUUCCGCAGCUGGGGUGGCGCACAGCGUGGCCCGCGCGUGCAGCAUGGGACGGUUGCUCUCCUGCGGAUGCGACCCGUCGAGCUACAAGGGUAAGCCGCCUGCCAAGGCCAGGGGCACCCAAUGGAAGUGGGGCGGCUGCUCUCACAACCUCGACUACGGCAUGGAGUUCUCGAGACAGUUCCUAGAUACGCGCGAGAGGGCAGGGGAUAUACAGUCGAUGGUCAAUCUCCACAACAAUCAAGCUGGCCGCUUGGCGGUGGCGAGCAAUAUGCAAGUGCGCUGUAAAUGCCACGGUAUGUCUGGUUCCUGCGAGCUCAAGACCUGCUGGAAAGUGGCGCCGGACUUCCGAAUAGUCGGGAAAACGCUCAAGGAUCGCUUUCGAAACGCCGUAUUAGUCGCGCAGAGCAACGACUUGGGAAGCGUGACCUCUUUGACCAGAGUGAGAGGAUCGCGAAGGAGGAGGCCGGAUCGCCAGAGGCAAAGGAAACAUCGCGGAGGAUCGGGCGGCGGCGGUGGCGGCGGCGGAAACGGAGCAGGACGUAAGAGAAGACCGCGAGAUCUAGCCAAGCAGCUAUUUUACUACCAAAAGUCUCCAAACUUUUGCGAGAGGGAUCCAAGCGCGGACAUCCCAGGCACCGCAGGUCGGACUUGCAACAAGACCAGUUCCGGUGGAGACGGAUGCAGCAGCCUGUGUUGCGGCAGAGGUUACAACGUCGUGAGACAACGACGCGUCGAAAAAUGCAGAUGCAAGUUUCACUGGUGUUGCUUCGUGCAAUGUCAGAACUGUACCGUCGAGGAAUGGAUCACGGUUUGCAAGUGAACGAACGUUGGCAUCUACCUUGCUCUAUCGAUGAUCGAAACUUGGACGGGAUCAAACUACCAACGGAUUCAAUUUUAAUACAACUUUGAUCGUUGUCUCGUCGUUAAAAAUCCCUGUGUUUCUUUGUAGCAGACACCGAAGAGAACGAAUUUACAGGUUGAUUCGCUUUUGAGACGCGAUUUCAUGUCAAACGUAAAAACGCGACUCGCGAUGCAGAACGGCCGCGAUACGAAGAUCAGCCGUAACAGACCAAUUCGACACCGAUUCGGUGACUGUACUUUAUUCACGCUUAGUAUACUAUCGAGACGCGUCGCUUUAACGCCAAGAAUUACCGCGGAGUGUUCGUGGCAAAGACAACGGAAUAAUUGUUCUUAAUCGCGCGAAAAAUGUAAUUUAAUCGGUAGAUUAAGCGGGCCAAUAAUUUAUUUAUAACGUUGCCUCUAUUUAAUUAGUAGAUAAUUUGAAUAUCCACAGCAACUGUAACACCUCCGUCACAGUAUUAUUAGAAGAAGCAAUGUGCGUGUGUAAGAUUUGGAAUGGAUGCGAUUGUAUACAAUUUAAUAAUGCGCGUACAAUAAAGAGUUCCUUUGACCGAUAAUCGGCCUAUUUGUUCCUUUCUUGCGAACGCAACUCGACAGCGAGAAAAUCGCGCCGUCGACAACCGACCGAUUACCCGCCAAUCCUUACACAGAAAUCGUUCGAAAACGUAAUGUAACCCUUUCGGACUGAUUUACAGAUGACCGAAGCCUUUUCGAUACUUUUAUUCUUUGCUCCGAUAGAUUCGUUCGACCUUCUUUUUCAUCGAUCGAACGAACGAUAAAUUGUCCGGUGUUAAAACCUUGG